ACUUCCGGCCGUAGCUGUAUCCCUUCUAGUCACAACCUGCAAGCCGAUAGCCUCUAUUCUGAAGUGACUGAGAUAUGACGGAAGUGAACAUGUUCAGUCAAUCAAAACUGAAUGAAGCUGAUGAGAAACAGCAGUAUGUAAAACCAAUACAGAAUGCUUCACAAAAAGGAACUCUGACAGCAGGAGACAAAAAGCAUGGAAAGAGAACUCCAAAAGACGGACAGAUGAGAACUCGCAGUGAAGAGAAACCUUUCACGUGCCGUGAGUGUGGAAAGAGUUUUACAUCGGAAAGUUACUUUCGGACACACAUGAGGACAUGUCAUCAGUGUGGAAAAAGGUUUUCAAACUCUGGUAAUCUUAAGACACACAUGAGAACUCACACUGGCGAGAAGCUAUUCACGUGUCAUCUGUGCGGGACGAGUUUUGGCUUUAAAGCAGUCCUUAGCAGGCACAUGAGAAUUCACACUGGAGAGAAACCGUUCACAUGCCAACAGUGUGGAAAGAGUUUUACAUCGGAAAGUUACUUUCGGACACACAUGAGGACAUGUCAUCAGUGUGGAAAAAGGUUUUCAAACUCGGGUAACAUUAAGAUACACAUGAGAAUUCACACUGGAGACAACUCCUUUACAUGCCAACAGUGUGGAAAGAGUUUCACAAGUAAAGGACGCCUUAAGACACACAUGGGAAAUCACACUGGCGAGAAGCUAUUCACGUGUCAUCUGUGCGGGACGAGUUUUGCCUUUAAAAGAUACCUUAGCAGGCACAUGAGAAUUCACACUGGAGAGAAACCGUUCACAUGCCAACAGUGUGGAAAGAGUUUCACAAAUGAAGGUGACCUUAAGACACACAUAAGAAUUCACACCGGAGAGAAACCGUUCAUAUGCCAACAGUGUGGAAAGAGUUUCACAUGCGGUGGUAAUCUUGGGAGACACAUGAGAAUUCACACUGGAGAGAAACCAUUCACAUGUCAACAGUGUGGAAAGAGUUUUAAACACUCAGAUAGCCUUAAGAAACACAUAAGAAUUCACACCGGAGAGAAACCAUUCACAUGCCAACAGUGUGGAAAGAGUUUCACAUGUGGCGGCAACCUUGGGAAACACAUGAGAAUUCACACUGGAGAGAAACCAUUUGCAUGCCAACAGUGUGGAAAGACUUUCACAAAUGAAGGAGACCUUAAGACACACAUGAGAAUUCACACUGGAGAGAAACCAUUUACAUGCCAACAGUGUGGAACGAGUUUUACAAUUAAAAGUAUCCUUAAUAGACACAUGAAAAUUCACGCUGAAGAGAAACCAUUUACAUGCCUUCAGUGUGGAAAGUGUUUUACAUGUGGCGGUAACUUUAGGAAACACAUGAGAAUUCACACUGGAGAGAAACCAUUUACAUGCCUUCAGUGUGGAAAGAGUUUUACAAUUAUAAGUAACCUUAAAACACACAUGAGAAUUCACACCGGAGAGAAACCUUUUGCAUGUCAUCAGUGUGAAAAGAGUUUUACCCAAACAGUUCACCUUAAGAGGCACAUGAGAAUUCACACCGGAGAGAAACCAUUCACAUGUCAACAGUGUGGAAAGAGUUUCAGAUGUGAAAGUACCCUUAAGACACACAUGAGAACUCACACUGGAAUUAAACCUUUUGCCUGCUUUCGGUGAGGAAAGACUUUCAGAAGUGAAGGUGUCCUUAAAAAAACACACAUGAGACGUCACACUAGUGAGGAACCCUUCAACUGAUCAGUCCAGGCAAACAAAAAGUGUAUUUCUACAUCACAUCUAAACUGCGUUUAUAUAGACCAAUGUAAUCCGAUUAAAAAUCCAAUCCGAAUGAAAACGCUCCAUAUAAACACGUCAAUCAGAUUAAAAAUGCCCAAGCCUAUUGAAAUUUCAGUGGGAUUGUAAAGGGUGAUUUAUACCGUUUGUAAUCCGCUUGAUAGGACAUAUAAACACUUGAUCAGAUUAACAACCGAAAUAGGAAAUUGUGCGCAUGUGCAAAGACGACGCUGGCACGUACAGACAUAUGGGCGUAUGCCGCACGAAACGGAGCAGCUGCUGCAAAAGAAACCAAAAACCAUAAAUCUGACAAAGCGGUACACAUUUUCACAUGCUUGCCACUCUAAAUGAACAUAUUAAUGUUUCUAUGCAUUUAAAAUGUCUUAACUGUUUCCCUGGAGUGAGUUUUUAACUGCAAUUUCCCAGUUCCUUUUUAAAACACGAUACAUUUGCAGAUGUACAAACAUACUGUAGGCUAAAAUAUCGAAUCAUAAAAUGUAAUUUAUAUGCGUAGUAGGCUACUGAACAUGCUUUUAUUUAUCGUUUACUUACAUUAGCUUUGGAAGAAUGAACUGUUUUUACCAUGGUAAGUCGCUGUAACGACCUUGCUUCAUUGAUAUGUAGACAUUAUUUUACGUUUAUGAAUUGUACAUUAUUAUGCUGGUGUCUGUGACAAAAUAAACACAUCUGUGCUUACAACAUUGUUUGAGGAGUUGUUUGUGUGAAUAUUAUAAUGAUACCCGCGUCCUCCGCGCCCGUCUCCGU